AUGGAGAGGAGUAACCACACAGUGACAGAGUUCAUCCUGCUGGGCUUCACAACAGACCUCAUGAUGCAGCUGGUCCUAUUUGUGGUGUUCCUUGGUAUGUACUCUGUGACUGUGGCAGGAAAUACCACCCUCAUAAUGUUGAUCUGUAAUGACUCCCAGCUGCACACGCCCAUGUAUUUUUCCAUUGGGAAUCUGUCUUUUCUGGAUCUCUGGUAUUCCUCUGUCUACACCCCCAAGAUCCUAAUCACCUGCAUCUCCGAAGAUAAAAGCAUCUCCUUUGCUGGUUGUGUAGCUCAGUUCUUCUUCUCUGCUGGGCUGGGUUUCAGUGAGUGUUACCUGUUGGUUGCCAUGGCUUAUGACCGCUAUGUGGCCAUCUCAAAGCCACUGCUUUAUUCUCAGGCUAUGUCCAUAAAGCUAUGUGUAUUUUUAGUAGCAGCCUCAUAUUUUGGUGGUUUUAUUAACUCUUCCAUCAUAACUGAAAGAACUUUUGCCUUGAAUUUUUGUGGCGACAAUGUCAUUGAUGACUUUUUCUGUGAUGUCCCACUGCUGAAACUGGCAUGUGAUGUGAAAGAGAGCUACCAGGCUGUGCUGUACUUCCUCAUGGCCUCCAACGUCAUUACCCCCACUGCGCUGAUACUGGCCUCCUACCUCUUCAUCAUCACCACCAUCUUGAGGAUCCGCUCCACCCAGGGUCGCCUCAAAGCCUUCUCCACAUGCUCCUCCCACCUGAUCUCUGUCAUCUUGUACUAUGGCUCCAUUCUCUACAUCUACUCUCGUCCACGUUCCAGCUAUUCCCUUGAGAGGGACAAAGUGGUUUCCACAUUUUAUACUGUGCUGUUCCCCAUGUUAAACCCCAUGAUCUACAGUUUGAGAAAUAGAGAUGUAAAAGAAGCUCUGAAAAAAUUUUUCAGUUUAGCACAAGCUGAACUCUAA